UUUCUACACUUAGAUCCUGCGAAGAACUAGAGGCAAAAACCAAUCUUGUUUAAAUUUUAGGAUAGUGAAAAAGAAUGAACCUUAAAAAGACAAAUCUACAGCGGUGAUACCGCUACGGAGAUUUUACAGCACUCAUUCCACUCUUCAGCCUCUGCAUAAUAUAAUACAUCAUAGUGCAUUAAGCAGUCGAAGUGCAACAUGCUAGCUGCAAAAAACUAUUAAAACGGCAUCACUGAUCUGUAGUUUAUACGUUUAACCUUUUACGAAUACCUGAAUAUUCGUUACAUCUUAAAUUUGAUCAUUAUUCAUAAUUUUCAUUACUUGCAAAAGUACUUGGAGUAUUAUUACAAAGCUGGAGUUAAUAGAAGAGCAAAAUGUCGGAUGACAUAAAGAUUCUGUUAAAAGAAGCGCGGGAGUCUUUCAAGCAAAAUGAAUAUCUGGAAGUUAUGAAGAAAUGCAAGAAGGUUUUGAAAAAAGACAAAAACAACUAUGCAGCAUUAGUUUUGCUGGCUCGUUCUAUGCAAGAGGUGGAAGAAUUUAAAUUACAGGUGCCCUUAGUCCUGCAAAAGGCUGUGGAGGUGCAACCAAAUAACCCAUUGGCCUGGCAGGGUUUAGUAGCACACUACGAAAAGACUACUCCACAAGAUCAUGACAACUGGGAAAAAUUGGCUUUAGCUUAUUGUAAACUGAUACAGUUGGAUAGUAACUCUCCUAAGUUUACACAUUUUGUAAAUAAAAUUUCUGAGAUUAUCUUGCGUAUCAAGAAUGAUGACAUAUUGUCUGAAGCAUUGAGUACAUUUAGUGCUUUACGAGAGAUUUCUACUAAAGAGAGGAUAAACUUGAUUAAUAAGACCCUAGUGUGGGUUUUAUCAGAGUAUCCUAAUAACAAAAUAAACAAGCAUCAGGAACUUUAUGAAAAUGUGUUAGCAUCUGUAAUAAAAGAUGUAGAUCUAGUGAAUAGACAAGAGUAUUACAGAAAAUAUUUAAAGAUGCUGUAUGAGUCAAAUAAAAUUACAGAAUUAUUAACAGCUGCUCAAGAGAUGCAUAUUCAAUUUCUACAAGAUGCUUGUCCUCUAGAAUGGUUAUGCCAUAUCUAUUAUGAGGAAGUUGCAUUGUGUGAAAACAAGCUUGAACUUGAUAUAACUCAGUUUUAUGAAUCACUUUUAAAGCUGAAAUCAAAUUCCGAAGCUGCACUCAUUGCAAAGGCAGCAUAUUUGAAAAGAACGGGCGAGUUGAUUGACUCGCGUGAUUGUUUGAAACAAGUAGUCUUAUUAAAUGCACAAUCGCUUUAUGCUUGGUUAAUAUUGAGCCAGAUAUAUUAUAAACUUUACUGUUGGGAAGAAACCGAAAAUGCUUCUAGAAAAGCAUUGCAAUUAAUAAAAUCCUGUUUAAAGGACAAAUUUCAACACAAACUGAAAUUGAGGUUGCUUGAAGCAACAAGUAGAAGUAGUAAUGAACAAAAACUAGUAGAAGCGCAUCAAAUGUGCCAAGAGUUGUUAAAUAUCGAGCCUUCCGUGCAAUUGCAAGUGAUAUAUGCACGCACACAUAUAUUAUUAGAGAAAUCUGAUGUCACUGCCAUAUUAAAUAACUUGGAAUCUCAAAACGAAACUAAACUUCAAGCCUUUAUUCUUAAAGCGUUGCACCUAAAGAAGCACGAACGGUAUGAAGAAGCUAUUAACGCUCUCGAACUAGCUUUAGAAAAUUCUGAAGCCUGGUUACUAUUUGGUAAAAUAUAUUGGGAUAUGGGAGAUUACAAUCACAGUCUGAUGGCAUUCCUGAACGGCGUUCAAGCAGAUCGCAAUAAUUGGGAAUGCAUGGUAUACUUAGGACAUUACUAUCGCAAACAUGGCAACGACAUAGAACGUUCAAGAAGAUGUUACCAAGCCGCAUUGCAAAUUAAUCCGAAUUCCGAGGAAGCUGGUAUUGGAUUAAGCACAGCUUAUCGUCUUCUCAAGAAUACUGAUGCCAAUAUACAAUUAUUACAAAGGGUAACUAUGCAAGAUACUAGACCGAGAUGGGCCUGGCUCCAAUUAGGCUUGCACUACUUGGAUCAAGGUGACGCCGGACAAGCUAUCACGGCAUUACAGCAUGUGAUCAGAGCUGAUCCUAAUGACAAUCACAGCUGGGAAUCUCUGGCAGAUGCAUAUUUGGCACGUGGCGCUCAUACGUCAGCACUGAAAUCGUAUCAACGCGCAUUACAGUUGAGCCCAGGAUCCCUGUAUCCCUUGAUACAACUCGCAAACAUUAAACUGCUUAUUGGUCAACAUAAAGAAGCUAAGGAAGAUUUUGAGAGUAUAUUACAGAAUGAUAAACAGCAUAUUCUCGCAUUAAAAGGUCUAGCACAAGCAUGUUUAGGCCUGGCAAGAGAAAAUAUCGCAAAACAUUUUUUAUGUCGCGCAAGGGAAAAUCUACAACAAGCGGUAGACGGUCUAGUAGAUGCUAUUAUGAUACGCAGUGAUCUACUUUGCAAUUGGAAAUUGCUUGGCGACGUAUGCUAUAGGACAGUCACGAUACCAGAAACAUAUUGCUAUUUAAGAGUUAAAUCUGUUUUAAUAAAGUCCGACAGUGCCGAGACAUACUUAAAUAUUAAAGGAGAUGAAAUACUCAUGUUAUCAAUAAGAUGUUUUUGCCGAGCACUAUCCAUGCAAAAUUCUGCAUUGUUAUGGCAUGAUUUAGCGUGUUGUUAUUCGAUGCAACUAAAUCGCGGUUCUACAGUCAAUAAAAACGAUGUGGCGGUUAAGUGUUAUGCGGCUGCAAAACAUGCCGUUAAACUUUGUCCACAAUCAUGGCUACAUUGGAAUCUUUUGGGUGUUAUUUGUAUGUCAAUAUAUAUAAAAAAUUAUGCUCUGGCUCAACAUUGUUUCGUUAUGGCGAUCGAUAGAGAGUUAAACAAUGCGGUAGCUUGGACCAAUCUGGGAACAUUAUAUUUGCAUCUAGGUGAUAUUUACAAAGCGAACGAAGCGUUUUCCCGAGCGCAACGUGCGGAUCCUAGUUAUGUAAAUAGCUGGGUUGGACAAGGAUUAAUCGCGGAAAAGACUCUGAGGAAAGAAGCGAUGGAUCUGUUCCGACAUUCAACACAAUUGGGUUAUCACAAUCAAGCGGCUUUAGGCUAUGCUCAUUGGGUACUUACUACUCUCUUGAAUCCCACAAUGAAGAAAGAUCCACUGUUGGUUUAUGUUAUUGAGAAUAUGCACGCGAUACCUGCAGCAGCCGACGUUCUUACUUGGUAUACAGAACGUGAGCCGUACGACAUUUACGCCCUAAAUACUCAUGGUUUAUUAUUGGAACGACUGAAAUUGUACAACACGGCGGCUAAACAAUUUGCAACGGCUUUAAAAUUAAGCGAGGAUGAAGAAAGGGAUAUGAUAUCUAUUAAUUUAGCGCGUAUUUUAAUUCAAAUCGGAAAAUAUGAAGAAGCGGUAACAUUAUGCAAACAAGUAAAAUGUGCAAAUUUUAAUUCUCAGUGCCAUCUUGCAUUAUCCUUAUUUAAAGCCAAACAGUAUGAAGAAUCAUACAAUGCAUACGAAUCAGCUUUACAUUGGCUAGCAGACACUGGUGCGGAUAAAGCUAAUAUCUUGUGUGCGAUGGGCGCAAUUGCUUACAUGUUUCAAGGGGUAGAUGCUGUCAAGACCCUACUAUUCCAAUGUAUACAAAUAGAACCGCCUACCAUAACUGGUUUCUUAGCGACCGCUGCAUUAGGUAUUUUACAUAAUGACGUUAAUUUGACUUCUUUGGUAUUGAACGAAUUGAAAUCGUAUGAAAAUCAUCAUGAAUACGGUUAUCAUAUCGUCAUGCUGUCAGUAUAUCAUCAAAUUAUUCAAGGAGAUUUUACUCAAGCUAUUCGAACACUCGUCAAAGCUAUUUUUAGGCACCCUAACGACGUUAGAUAUUGGAUACGUCUUGUUAGAGUCUUAUUAUUGGACAACAAUCUAGAUAUGUUUCGUAAAUGUGCUCUAACAGCAUUGACGCUAAGCAGAAAUACGUCUAUGACUGAUAUUGUACAUGUUGCUUGUGCAUCAGCAUACAGUCACUUCGGCACGAAAGAGGGUCUCAGACAAGCCCAGAAAAAUCUAUUUACGCAUCCCAGCAAUGUUGAAAGCUGGGCUAAUUUUGUUGCAGCUCUUUUAUUCAGAGGUAUAGAAAAAGAUUGCACUCCAAUUAAUAGUCGAUGGGUACUGUCAUUAAUAUCAGUAAUGAGAUCGCAAUUUCAAAUUUCCGAGAAUAUGUCACAAUGGUUACUAAGUAACGAAAAAGAACUUGGUAAUCUCUAA